AUGUCUACUGCCGAGCUCGCUUGCUCCUACGCCGCCCUCAUCCUCGCCGAUGAUGGCGUCGAGAUCACCGCCGACAAGAUCCAGACCCUCCUCGGUGCUGCUAAGCUCGUCGAUGUUGAGCCCAUCUGGACUUCCCUCUUCGCCAAGGCUCUUGAGGGCAAGGACAUCAAGGACCUUCUGACCAACGUUGGCUCCGGCGGUGCUGCUGCCCCCGCUGCCGUUGGCGGUGCUGCUGCCGGUGCUGCCGCUCCCGCCGAGGCUGCUGCUGAGGAGAAGAAGGAAGAAGAGAAGGAGGAGUCCGACGAGGACAUGGGCUUCGGUCUGUUCGACUAA